GUUCACUCAUGCUAGCUGACAACUUCCAGCGAUGCAAACAUUCAUGGUAGUAAAAGACUGCUGAUCUGGGCUCAAAGAAGUUCAAGCUUCCGCAUCCGCCGAAGACAACGCUAGUCUCCACCAAACCCUCACUCUUGACCCCACCUGGUACAUUUCACAACAUGGAAUUUACAGCUUGCACGAUCCUCGCUGGAGGGAAAAACGCCCACUAUGAACGCACUCGGUGAUGUGUCUCCCACCUUGGGCCCAACUCAACUUGCUGCCGGAAAUGCUCCUCCAACGCCUCCGCACGAGAAUGCGCUCGACGAUAUCUACGGUUCCGCGCCCGCGUCACCCACUCUCGCUGCGAACAUCCCACAUGCACACAACCAUGAGAUACUCUCAGACCUUCCAUCCCGUCAACGUGCGCUAGAUACAGAUGCAUAUCGCGAGGGUCUAGCGAAUAGUAAAGGGCAAUACGUACAGGAAGGCUUCGAUGAAGGCUACUCCCUAGGCGCAAAUCUGGGUUUGAAGGUGGGCUACAUACUAGGAGUCCUACGAGGUUUUACUGCUGCAUGGAGAGGCCAUGACGAGCAGAUCCACAAAGAAGUAGCAGAAUUCUACGAAUCUGCGCGCAAGGAGCUUGCAAUCGAGGAGUUGCUGGGUCGCCAAUGGGUAGAUGAGGAAGGAAUAUGGAAGUGGGGUGUUGUAGGGAAGGAUGAAGAUCCCACAUUCAGAGAGGUAUCGGAUCAGCAUCCCCUAGUGAAGAAGUGGAUGGGUGUCGUUGAGGAACUGGCAAAGAGGUGGAAUGUUGAUCUCCAGGCUGUGGAGAAAAGUCAAGUGCCACAGGAUGGCCAGUCGUGAGGAGCAUUUGAAGAUUGGCCUUCUCCCCAGUGCCACUUUUCGAUUGCAUCCUCAAGUAACGUCAACAAGCGCCAGAUGGUGUGACAGUGCCUUAUCCGAAUUGGUUCGCCGCUUCUCAAAUCAGAACGUUCUACAGUUUGGUUAAAGAAGGGGGAGGUUCUCAUCAACAGGCACAGGAUAGUCAUCCACCGUGUUCGGCGAAGAGACAGUUCUGGGUGUAACUCUCCUCAUGACCGAUCACGCGAAGACAGAGUUUUUGAC